CUCGGUUUAUCCAAACUUCUGCGCUGCGCGUAUCAUCGUCUUCGAACACGGAGCUCCGGGAGUGAGAAGAACCGAGACUGAGAAGAGAACCAUCCAUGGCUUCGCCUUCUCCGUCGAGUCAUCAUCUCUCUCUCCUCGCCAAGCCUUCGCCGCCGCCGCCGCCCCAGCCACUUGGCCUCCGCUUCCGAUUCCCUCCGAACCGGACCGCCGCGCCCUCGAUCUCUCGGCCGGCCGGUUCCAGGUUCAAGUGCUCGGCCAGCCAGACGGGCUUCUUCAAUCGGCUCGGCCGGUUGAUCAAGGAGAAGGCGAAGAGCGACGUGGAGAAGAUAUUCUCCGGAUUCUCGAAGACAAGAGAGAACCUCGCGGUCAUCGAUGAGCUCCUCCUUUACUGGAACCUCGCCGAUACCGAUCGCGUCCUCGAUGAACUCGAAGAGGCUCUGCUAGUGGCCGACUUUGGUCCGAGAAUUACGGUUAGGAUUGUGGAUAGAUUGCGCGAGGAUAUAUUGGCAGGAAAGCUUAAAUCGGGAGCUGAGAUAAAGGACACAUUGAAGAAGAGUGUGUUGGAGUUGUUAACCACAAAGGGGAGCAAAACCGAACUCCAACUUGGUUUCAGGAAACCGGCUGUGGUGAUGAUUGUUGGUGUUAAUGGAGGCGGGAAAACAACUUCUCUCGGAAAGCUGGCUAAUAGACUAAAGAGAGAAGGAGCAAAGGUACUAUUGGCAGCAGGUGACACCUUCAGAGCAGCUGCUAGCGAUCAGCUUGAAAUUUGGGCUGAGAGGACUGGUUGUGAGAUUGUGUUGGCUGAAGGAGAGAAGCCUAAAGCAUCAUCAGUGCUCUCGCGGGCUGUGAAAAGAGGGAAAGAACAAGGAUUUGAUGUUGUCUUAUGUGACACCUCCGGACGUCUGCACACUAACUACAGCUUGAUGGAGGAGCUGGUCGCAUGUAAGAAAGCUGUUGCCAAAGUGGUUCCUGGCGCACCAAAUGAAAUUUUAUUGGUUCUGGAUGGGACGACAGGGUUGAAUAUGCUUCCACAGGCGAGAGAAUUCAAUGAUGUGGUUGGUGUGACAGGUUAUAUUUUGACAAAACUUGAUGGGUCUGCAAGAGGUGGCUGUGUGGUCAGUGUGGUUGAUGAGCUGGGCAUCCCUGUAAAGUUUGUGGGUGUUGGUGAAGGAGUUGAAGAUCUCCAACCCUUUGAUGCGGAGGCUUUUGUUGAUGCAAUAUUUGCAUGAGGUUUUAAAGUUGCUAGCCUUCUCGUCUUUUAUCGUUAGAACCUGUUGAAGCUCAAGUUGUUUCCUUUCCUCGUGCUCACUACUACAGCAAACUCCAGAUGGUUCGAGCUGAGCAGGGGGACUUAUAUCAAUUUCUCUGGCCAAACAAGGAAAUGCAACUGAGAUUUUACUGAUAUAAUGUGAAACCUGGGGUUUCAUGAAUUGCCUCUUGCAAGUGAUACGCGUUGAAGACCAUAGUCUCGCUGAUGGAGCUGGAAAGGUGAAUAACGGUUUACAAAGAAUGAAUCAUUGCUUUCCCUCGCAUUUUUGUAAAUUUCUUAAAACAUCUUUUAUUGGUUCGUGAAUUCAUCAUCGGCACAUAGCUAAUUUCUCUGCCACUCCCCUAUAUCUGGGACAAUCCAUUUUGACUCGUUUUCGUAUUGUCAUAUUACCUCCUCUUACCGAAGCAAAGCUUUUUCUGGCCCUCUAUACAUAGAAUAUGGAUCAUAGAUAUAUCAUAUAUGUAAUCAGUGAUUUCUUACUUGAGGGGGGGCAGUAGUGUUUCAUUUAAGAUGCAAUGUGAGAAUCCUUCUGAUUUGUGCUAUUUAUUCGAUCAUUAACUUAGGAAAGCAGUCAAUUUUAAUUCAAUGUAAUUAUUUUAACAAACUGUUUUUACGCAUGUUGUAAGUAAAAGUGCAAUAGCUAUAAAUGCGAGAAUAUUUUA